AAGUCACUUUUCUGUCAUUUUAUAGUUUGUGGAAACACAUGCACCAUGCACCAAAACAACUGAUUGGAUAGCCAUAUUGGUUCUUAACUUCAGUUCACUAGCUCUUUUAAGUAUUUAAGCCAGCCAUAGCAGAGCUGUGAUUUCAGAACUGAAAUUUUUUGUAAUGGGCACAUUUUUAGGCCACAUUGUUCCAGGCUUUGCCUUUGCGCUUCUUGGCGCAUGGCACGUUGUCAAUACCAUCAGAGGCUAUCAUCUCAGAGGCUCUAGCUUCGUGUCGAGGUUCUGGCAUCCAUUUCACAGUCCUGUUUUGAAUCUGAAGUAUUUGGAACUUAUACUGCUCUUGUCCUUCGCGGUAUUCGCUAUACUAAUGCAGAUUCUUGAUUUCCCUCUCAUGCGUUUUUCAUUUGAGCUUGACAAUUUUGAGCAUGCCAGCAUGUUCCUCCAUGUAACAAUAUUUGCAUCUUUUACCCUUUUUUCCGAAUUGAGUCAAGCAUCUGAGAGUCUUUCCGGGGUCUCUGGGAUGCUUGCUGCCUCCGUUUUUGGCCAAGAGCUUUUCUUACUUUACUACCAUUCUGCUGAUCAUGUUGGCCUAGAAGGUCAUUACCAUUGGCUUCUGCAGCUGAUAGUAAUUGUCUCUCUUGUAUCAGCCUUAUCUGCUACUAGUUUCCCCUCUAGUUUUCCUGCAGCACUGGUUCUUUCCAUUUCUGUGGUAUUUCAAGGCUGCUGGCUGAUGAACAUGGGGUUUAUGUUAUGGGUCCCAAAGUUUGUCGCCCAUGGAUGCACCGUGAAAUUAGGCGAGGCAAGCAACAGCAUGCUUGGCGCGAUUACAUGUGAGAGUCAUGAUGCUGGUAUGAGGGCAAGAGCACUGGCCAAUUUGCAGUUCAGUUGGAUACUUUCUGGUAUAUUAAUUUUUGUGGGAUGUUUAUGUUUGGCUUUUACAAGAAAAUUUCCCUUUAGGGGGAAGUCAGCCGGAUAUGAGCAACUUCACAGUAGAGGUCGAGAUGUUACUGUGGCCAUAGAUUCUGGCAAACAAGUUCAUCCGCAGAGCUCUUUGUCAAUGGACGGAGUCUUUGAACUUUGAUAUGUAGCUAAAUCUGAAUUUACUCCAUUCAGAGUUGCUUAAAUUUUACAUGUUUUGCUUUUAACUUUUGUUAAAUGUAAAGUACUUUGAUAUGAAUAAUGAUCCAUAUUUCCAUAA